GAAUUGGAAACAAACAGUAGUGUCUGGGAAGCCCACAUGUGAAAAAAACAAGACCAUCAACUAAUUUCUUUUUCUGGAACAACCUCAAACCUCAACCCUGUCUUCUUAGCUAAAUUGCUCGCCACUCGUUUUAUGCCUCUCAAUCUUCCCCACUCUCAUCAACUCCAAACGACAACAAGCACCACACCCUCACCAACUCAAUAAGUCUUUCUCCCUCUCAUUGCUCUUUUCAUUCUCAUUCCCCGUUUCCACUUCUUCCUUCUCAACGCCCCGUCGUUCACAUGGGUUGAACCACCGCCAUUCGCUCUCAAUUAAAUGGAGUGGGACAGCAAUUCCGAUCUCAGCGGCGACGACGAUGCCGCUUCCUUCCUCCUAAACGACGACGAUGACGACGUCGUUGGACCCCUCCCUUUCCCCGUCCUCCAGACGGCGCCGUGUGGCUUCAUCGUCACCGACGCGCUCGAACCCGACCACCCUAUCAUAUACGUCAACGCCGUGUUCGAGAUGGUUACCGGUUACCGUGCCGAAGAAGUGCUCGGUCGCAAUUGCCGUUUCUUGCAAUGUCGAGGUCCAUUUGCUAAGAGAAGGCAUCCAUUGGUGGACUCAACUGUAGUUUCAGAAAUUAGAAGAUGCCUUGAGGAAGGGAUUGAAUUCCAAGGUGAGUUGCUGAACUUUCGGAAAGAUGGAUCUCCACUUAUGAACAGAUUGCGGCUGACACCUAUAUUUGGAGAUGAUGAGAUAACUCAUGUCAUUGGAAUCCAGUUCUUCACGGAGGCAAACAUUGAUCUUGGUCCUGUUCCGGGUUCUACAAUUAAGGAAUCUACUAAAUCAUCAGAUCGGUUUCAUUCUGUGCUUUCGUCAUUGCAUCCUCUUCCAGUGGGGGACCGUAAUGUUGCUCGUGGAGUUUGUGGGAUAUUGCAGUUGAGUGAUGAGGUAUUGUCUCUCAAGAUACUUGCUCGGUUAACUCCAAGAGAUAUUGCAUCAGUUGGUUCUGUUUGUAGGCGAUUGUAUGAGCUAACAAAAAAUGAGGACCUUUGGAGAAUGGUGUGCCAGAAUGCAUGGGGCAGUGAGACUACACGUGUUUUAGAGACUGUGCCUGGUGCAAGGAGACUUGGAUGGGGUCGUCUGGCAAGGGAACUGACCACUCUUGAAGCAGCAGCAUGGAGGAAACUAACUGUUGGAGGUGCUGUUGAACCUUCACGCUGUAAUUUUAGUGCCUGUGCAGUUGGUAAUAGAGUUGUCCUUUUUGGUGGUGAAGGGGUUAACAUGCAACCUAUGAAUGACACCUUUGUAUUGGAUCUCAAUUCUAGUAAUCCUGAGUGGCAACAUGUCCAAGUGAGUUCUCCUCCCCCUGGCCGGUGGGGCCACACUCUUUCUUGUGUUAAUGGUUCACGUUUAGUUGUAUUUGGAGGCUGUGGAAGGCAGGGCUUGCUCAAUGAUGUGUUUGUUUUGGACCUGGAUGCAAAGCCUCCAACUUGGCGUGAAAUUUCUGGAUUGGCACCUCCACUUCCAAGAUCUUGGCAUAGCUCGUGUACUCUUGAUGGUACCAAGUUGAUAGUCUCUGGGGGCUGUGCUGAUUCUGGAGUACUCUUGAGUGAUACUUUCCUCCUUGAUUUGUCGAUGGAGAAACCUGUGUGGAGAGAGAUACCAGUGGCAUGGACUCCACCUUCACGGCUGGGUCACACACUAUCUGUUUAUGGUGGUAGGAAAAUACUGAUGUUUGGGGGUCUGGCCAAGAGUGGGCCCCUGCGUUUCCGCUCCAGCGAUGUAUUCACAAUGGAUUUAAGUGAGGAGGAGCCUUGCUGGAGAUGUGUAACAGGGAGUGGAAUGCCCGGUGCUGGAAAUCCUGGAGGCAUAGCCCCUCCUCCUAGACUUGAUCAUGUGGCUGUUAGCCUUCCAGGUGGGAGAAUUCUAAUAUUUGGUGGGUCUGUUGCAGGCCUUCAUUCUGCCUCCCAGCUUUACAUACUAGAUCCAACUGAUGAGAAGCCUACAUGGAGAAUCCUCAAUGUACCUGGGCACCCUCCGAGAUUUGCUUGGGGACAUAGUACGUGUGUUGUUGGAGGGACAAGAGCUAUUGUACUGGGUGGUCAAACAGGGGAGGAAUGGAUGCUAAGUGAGCUCCAUGAACUUUCCUUGGCAAGUUCAGUCAUCUAGAUCCAGUGAAUAAACUGCAUGCGGUAGUGAGGGGAAUGGUAAAAUUGUGAAAAUCAUUGUAAGCUGAAUUGGCGGCAACGGUUGUGUUGGUCACUGAUACCUCUUGACAAGCAUUGCUCUGGUCAGAACGUUUGUGUAUUAAGUUGUUUCUACAAUGCAUUUUAUUGUAUGGUUGGUUCUGGCUGGAGGAGAACUUUCCAAUGAGUGACACCAUACCAUGUUUGGUUUUUUUGAGGUUGUGUGAGACUUUGCCCUUCAGUAUGCACAAUGAAUUAUUCUUCCUGAAUAGAUUAUUAGUGUCUGAUAACAAGUAGGUAAUAUAUUAGGGUAGUUCAUCACUUGAUUACCCCACGUGUUGUUUUGUUCAAAUCAUGUAAUUUGAGCCAUGACAAAUGAUAGAAAAAAGAAAAUGCCAUGUUCAUAGUAACGUAAUUAGGUCUAUUGUAUGUAAUGGAAGUCUCUACUUCUGUUUUUAUGCUUCUGAACACGAGUCAGCUGACAUGGUCAUAAUUGGUUGUACUGGUUUGUGCCACUGCAAACAGGUGUAUAAGGUAGGGAACCCUGCAGUUUGUACAUAUUUUCCUUAAUAUUGUGAUAAUAUGGAGUAUGUCAACAUUUGUAUGGUUUAUUAU